GCUCCAAAGAACCCUUCCUGCCGGUUCCUCUCCUCCUCAGUCCCCACCUCUGAACACCGGCGAGCGCCGCCUUCACCGCCACCAGCACCAACUCACCGAAUCCAGAGCUCCCGCCUGUCAUCCCGCCGUCGCCCCGGCAUUACUUCCGCUGUCGUCUACCUCGUGCCUCCCCGCCCGCAGGUCACGCACGACCCCUCGUGUUUCCCCAUCUGCACCGGUGACCUCGACACCCUAUCUACACCGGCCUUCGUCUCGCAAUAUAGGUGAAAUUUUGAGGCAUGGAGGAUGAAGAAAACAUCGAGGACGAACUUUUGCUGGUGGAGUCGCAACUCAAUGGACUACAAGACAAAAUCAAGACAUUACUUGAUCAGCAAGAAGAAUUGUAUGAGCGCCAAGCACAGUUGAAGGCUUUGCUGGAAAUAUCUAAAACUUCCAGAGAUACAUCAAAUAGUGCCCCUUCAGUUGCUCUGGAAGAUUGGUCUGGAAAGUUCUCAUGGGAUUCUCAGGCUGAUGACACUCGAUUCAAUGUAUUUGGUAUUUCUUCCUACAGGUCAAAUCAACGAGAAAUAAUUAACUCAAUCAUGAGUGGAAAAGAUGUUCUGGUUAUAAUGGCUGCUGGUGGAGGGAAGAGUCUGUGUUAUCAACUUCCAGCUGUACUUCGUGAUGGAAUUACACUUGUCGUCAGUCCUUUGCUUUCGCUUAUUCAGGACCAGGUCAUGGGACUGGCGGCUUUAGGUAUACCAGCUCACAUGUUGACUUCCACUACCAACAAGGAAAUCGAGAAGUUCAUUUAUAAGGCACUUGAAAAAGGUGAAGGGGAAUUGAAGAUAUUGUAUGUGACACCUGAAAAGAUAUCCAAAAGUAAAAGGUUCAUGUCUAAGCUUGAGAAAUGCCAUCAUGCUGGGCGUCUUUCUCUUGUUGCAAUAGAUGAGGCACACUGCUGCAGCCAAUGGGGGCACGAUUUCCGUCCAGACUACAAGAAUCUGGGCAUAUUGAAGAUCCAGUUUCCCAGUGUUCCCAUGAUAGCUUUAACUGCAACUGCAACAAGUAAAGUGCAAAUGGAUCUGAUAGAGAUGCUUCAUAUCCCAAGAUCUGUCAAGUUUGUCAGCACUGUUAACAGGCCCAACCUUUUCUAUAGAGUAUAUGAGAAGUCAUCAGUUGGAAAGGUUGUUAUUGACGAGAUUGCAAAUUUCAUAAGCGAAUCAUAUCCAAAUAACGAAUCCGGGAUAGUGUAUUGUUUUUCCAGGAAAGAAUGUGAACAGGUUGCCAAAGAAUUGCGUGGAAGGGGUAUUUCGGCAGAUUAUUAUCAUGCAGAUAUGGAUGUUGUUGCUCGUGAGAAAGUUCAUAUGCGUUGGAGUAAAAGCAAAUCACAGGUCAUUGUUGGAACAGUGGCGUUCGGAAUGGGAAUCAAUAAACCAGACGUCAGGUUUGUGGUUCAUCAUAGCCUUAGCAAAUCUAUGGAGACAUACUACCAGGAAAGUGGUCGGGCAGGGAGAGAUGGACUGCCUUCAGAAUGUGUUCUAUAUUAUCGGCCUGGUGAUGUUCCCCGCCAAAGUUCGAUGGUCUUCUAUGAAAACUGUGGUCUGCAAAAUCUUUAUGACAUAGCACGAUAUUGUCAGUCUAAGAAAAACUGCCGUCGUGGUGCUUUCUUUCAACAUUUUGGAGAGGCCGUGCAGGAAUGCAACGGAAUGUGUGACAACUGUGUUUCCAGUAUUGAGCUCAAGGACAUAGAUGCUACCUACCAUACAAAAAUCAUUGUUUCACUUCUCCAAGAAAUGCAACAAAAUGACCAAAGAGCUACAUUGCUGCAGCUAGUGGAUAAGUUCAAAACAAAGUGGAAACAUUCAGGUUGUUCAAAUGAAGCAGUUGAUCUUAAGAAGGAGGAAAUUGAGCAGCUGAUUGUUCAACUUAUACUUGACCGUGUUUUGAAAGAAGAAUUUCAGCAUACUGCAUAUACAACCAAUGCAUAUGUUGUCUUAGGACCACUGUGGAAGCCAGCAUUGCAAGGGAACAGACCGGUGAAGCUAACUAGUGCUAUUCACUCUCAAGAUAGUGGUGAUAGAUUCAAAAGUGCAAAGCGCAAUCAGAUGAGCAAUUUGGAAGCUAAAUUGGAUGACCUGCGUAGAACCAUCUCUUCUCGUAAUGGGGGCGUAUUCCCGCAUGCAGUUCUUUCCACGGAGCAAAUUUCCCUGCUAAACUGCCAUACACCAACCACUAUUGCCGAGCUAGAAAAGCUGAUAGGGAAGGUAAAGACCGACAAGUACGGUAGCGACAUCAUUGAGGUGAUGCGGUCAGAAACUGGCAGUGGAAAGGACAGUGGUGAUGGAGCUAAGAGGCAAAAGAAAGAUAAGGGUGUUGUUUUCGUUGAGAGUAGCGAGGAGGAAGGCUAGCAUUACCAUGGGUGAGUCAAGUGUGCAUGCUCUGACAAGGUGGGAGAGUGUUUAAACAAACCAUCCUAGAGUAGUUGAACGGAAGUAAGCAAUAUUAGCAAAUGAGGACGAAUGACUGACAACACGACAGUAGAUUUUACUGAGCUGGUUGCCAGGAAGAUAAGACGGUGAUCAGAAGGGUGUAGAAAGAUGGAGCCUCUGCUCACACCAAAUGGAGUGAAGCUGUAAAACCCUAGGAGGAUUAUGGUAACGAAGCAGACGUGUUGGUGUGACUUGACUAGUCGUGGUUGGCUGAAAUAACAUUUUUUGUUGCUAUUACCAUUUUUCUGGCUCGAGAAUAUUGAUUCUUUCAGAGGCUAUACUGCUGAUCUGUAGUGCACCUGAAUGUUUCAUGCGAAAGGGGUGAACUCCACAUCUAGGGUGUGAACACACAAAGACCGUGGCUUCCACUUUUUUUAAAAAGAAUUAUAAGGCGUCCACAUUUUGGUCUGAA